UCUCUUGGCCUCUGCCCCCCUGGAAGCUGCCACCCUGAAGUUUCUGGUAGUGCUGCUGGCCGCAGGGAUGCUGGCUUUCCUUGGUGCAAUCAUUUGCAUCAUCGCGAGCGUCUACCCUGCGGCCAACAGCGGCGGAGCUCUCCAAGGUGCUGACAAUGGCUCCAACGCCGCGGCCGCUGCCCUGCUGCCCGCCGCCGGCUCGGACAAGACGCUGGGCGCUCUCCACGGUGCUGGAGAGAGCUCCUACGGGGGCUUCUCGGCCGGCCCCCAGGACUCUCUGCUGGACCUGCUGGCCAGCGCCCGGCCCCAGCAGCACCAACAGCUCUUCAGCCGCUUCCUGUGCACCCCGCUGACCGUCGAGUGCCCGUCGGAAGGCCGCCCACAAGGCGACAGCCCCGGGGCGGCAGCGGCGGCGGCCAGCGAGGAGCUCUUCUUCCUGCAAAGCACGGCCGAGCAGCUCAGGCAGACGGCCCAGCAGCAGAAAGAGCAGAUCCGCACGGACCAGGAGACCAUCCGGGAGCUGACCAGCAAGCUCAGCCAGUGCGAGAACGGGCUGGAGAUCACUUUCCAAGACAGCCCCUCGGUCUGGGGAGUCCCCAGGCAAGACACCAUGGGCGAUCUGCCCUGGGACUCGCCUGCCAUGAUCCAGGAGCUGGAGGAAGCCGUCCGGGCGCUGAAAGACAGGAUCGACAAGAUCGAGCAGGAUAUCCCAGCCCGAAUAAAUGCCUCUUCCACUUCUGCCCCUGUGCCAGCCCAAGAGACGAUCCAUACCAAGAUGGAGGAACUGGAGGAGCAGAUCCUCUCCAAGAUUUUAGCCCUGGAGAAAGAACGCUCGUCCAUCACCAGCAGCCAUGAUGUGCAGCAGCAAGAUGUGGAGAAAGAGCUGGAUGCUCUUCAAAACCGGGUCUCUGAGCUUGAACAUGAAACGACGACUUUCAACCCUCCAGAAGCCUUCAAGGUCUCCAUCCCCGUUCGAAACAACUAUAUGUAUGCCCGGAUGAAGAAGAGCUUGCCAGAGCUUUAUGCUUUCACAGUCUGCAUGUGGCUGAAAUUCAAGGGGCCAGCAGGAGUGGGCACCCCUUUCUCCUAUUCUGUGCCCAGCCAAGCCAAUGAGCUUGUCUUGUUGGUGUGGGGAAAUAAUCACGUGGAGCUGAUCAUUAACGAUAAGGUGGCUCAGCUGCCCAUGACUCUAAAGGAUGGCACGUGGCACCACAUCUGCAUUACCUGGAUCACCCGGGAUGGUAUAUGGUCAGCAUAUCAAGAUGGUGAGGAGCGUGGGGCCAGUGAAAACCUGGCAUCUUGGCAUCCGAUCAAGGCUCACGGGGUGAUGAUCUUGGGCCAGGAACAGGAUACGUUCGGUGGAAGGUUUGAUGCCACUCAGGCCUUCGUUGGUGAAAUCUCUCAGUUCAACCUGUGGGAUCAUGUCUUGAAACGGGAUGAUAUCGUGGGCCUGGCCAACUGCACCCGCCACCUAGAAGGCAACAUCAUCCAGUGGGAUGAAAACCUGGUUGAGGUCCAUGGAGGAGCAACCAAGCUGAGCUUUGAGAUCUGUGAGGAGAAGAUGAAGGCUUGAGAGGUCCUGGUCUCUUCCAAAGGAAAGGAGCAUGAGAGUGACUUCCCCUACCUUCAGCCUAUUUCAGGAAUGAGGCAGCCAAGGAGUCCUUCUUCCCAAACAGAAACAUCUUGCAGGACUCUGAAUCAGUCUGGGGAAAAACUGUGUGUGUGAGUGUGUGCAUGUGUGCAAGGGACAAAGAACUUUAAAAACAAAAAAGAAAUUGUGACGCUGUGUUUUCCAUUGUUUCAGUAAAGCUUCUUUCUGAUUCAUACCGUGAGUGGCAACGGCCCUCCACCUAGAAGGCUAGGAUGAUUAGAGGGUGAUAGCCAUAUCCAGAUAACAGUGUGAUCCAGGCCAGGAAUUGUUGCUGAGGGUGGGAAGCAGUUGGUGGAAGUAGUGUCCCCAACGUUUCUCUUUCUUUUCACAUUUUGCUGAUACCUUCAGUGAUGACGUAUGGACACUGGAUGGGAUUGUGAAGACUUUUAACACCUGCGUGGUAGCGGCAUUUGCCCAUGGAAAGCCAUUGAUAAUCUAGGAAUACACAAGCCAACGUUCCUCUAGUCUCUGCAUGCAUGCGUCAGGAAUGUCCCACUGUCUUAUCUGCCUUCUAGCCUCUGUUCCAUAGCCUCACUAGUAAGGUAGCUCCUCGCCAGUAGGCAAUAGUGCCAACGGAUACCUUAAUUCCGCGAAGGCCUACAUUCUUGGUUCAGGUUAUCUUUUUUAUUUACAAUGAUCCAACAUUCCAUCCAAGAUGUAAUUUAACGGAUAAGCUAUUUGAACUGCUGUAUGAACCCACAGUCCUAUUUCUUUUAACAGGGCAUAAGAUUCUGAAUUCCUUGUUCUUUUUUUUAAAAAAAAAAUGAAUUCAUUCCUUUAAUCAGUGUGGCAGUUUUUAAAGAGGGAGACUGUAAGUGGCAACCACAGAUUUCUAACAUUCCUGCUCCACCCUUUUCCUCCUAUAUUUCUUCAUCUCUCCCCUUCCUCCUAAGGGCUGAUUCACACAUGCCUAUUCCUUUCCUUGGUAUCUCUUCACGUGAUGACAUUAUUACUUGGUGACUUGCAGCUGAACAUGUGAAAUGUUUCCAUUCAAAAGCAUCAUGCCUAAUGUGACCUGCUACAAAAAGCACUCACUGAGAUGUUUAAUCUGUAAUGGCUGUUUCACCCACGCAAGCCAGUAUUUUGUGAUGGAGUCAUCAAGUGUUGGGCUAGCAUGUGUGAAUCAAUAAGCCUUAACUCUACGGAGUUUCUUAAAGAGCUAGUCAAAAUUAAAUGCAUAUGACUAGAUUAAUUCCCCCGCUGUUGACCCCAGCAGGGAAAUGAUAGCAUGGAAAGAAGUUGGGCCAUAGAUUGAUCACUGUCUGACAAUCCAGUAUCCUUGACCAAGAAAAGCAGGCACCAGGUGAUCCCUUUUGGUAGGUACUCCAAAUUCUGUCCAACUCUACAACUCCAAGGGAAUGCAAUAGCUAUAGCACCGCUUAGCAAUGGUGCAAUUAGGUCAUUUUAGACUCUGGACUUAAUGGUCUUAAUGAGGGGUGGGGGCUUUUUAGGUGGUAAUGUGUAUUACUGCUGUGUUUUGCGGGAGGGGGGCUCCUGCUCAGUCUACUGAGUGAUGCCCUGGGCCUCUGCCCCAAGCCCUGCCCUAACAGCAUUGUUGUAUUUCUCGGAUGCAUACUGGAUCUUAAACUGUGUGCUUUCUUCUACUGCAUGAUCUUAGCUGACAAAUUUAUAGCUGGGGUGGGGUGGGGCUCUCUCUUGUUGGAGGUAGGGAUGUCGGAGAAGUCUGCAAUGGAAACCAAUUGAGUUCAGAUUUCUAUGAAUCUAACCUGUGGAUUCCUCAGCAGACCAGCUUUUCCUGAGAAGCACAGAUUCUGUGGA